AUGAGCAGCCUCCGAUCACCCAGCAGAGGAGCAGUUGCAGGUAGCACCACCAAAGGACGACAUCUCCACCACCAACUCCAGGAUAAAGGCCAAGGACGCUGGCAGGAAUUGAGAGACAUGGACACCUUACACACAAUCGACCAUGAGCAAGAGCAUGAUCAAGAUCACGACCAUGACCACGACCAAGCAACCAUCCACAGCAGUCGACAUUCUCACCACACUACCACUUCGCACCGCGACAGCCACGACGAUUAUCAAGCCAGGUUAUCGUAUCCGCACCAUAAACCUCCUGGAAUGACGUCCACUCUUAAUAGCAACAAUGGCGGUAGUAAUGGCGGUAGUAGAUCGGGGAGUAGUGGAAAUGGAAACAGAAACGGAAAUGGAAACGGACAUGAAAAUGGCAACAAAGAAAAGCGCAGCGAUAUUGAUAUCGAAAUAGUGGGGAUCGAAAUGAAGGAGCAGAGGAGUCCGAGUAAUACGACGGCAACAACGGCAACGACAACGACAACAACAACAGCGACGAUGACUGGAGAUGAAAAGAAACGGCGGUUAGGUAAAAAUCGAGGUGGGGCAGUACUAUCGGAUUCCGAAAAGAAAGACGGCAUUGGCAUCAGCAGUGGAUCCCGCUCGGCAUCCACCGACUCCGGAUCGGGAUCGAGAUUGGGAUCGGUAAUCUCCACCACGCUCGGUACCGGGGCGGAAGCGGGAGCGGUUAGUAGUACCGGGGCGACGGCCGGCGGCGGUGGUGGUGUUGGACUCGGACUUGGAAUUGAUGGAGCGGGAGAUGGCCAGGACGAUAAUGAUGAGCAAAGAGUGGAAAGAGACAGUGAAGGAAGACCGGUCGUUUACAAGGUCUAUAAGAGGAGGUGGUUUGGGCUGGUACAGUUGACUUUGUUGAAUAUCAUUGUUAGCUGGGAUUGGCUCACCUUCUCCCCCGUCGCCGGGCACGCAGCCACCUACUUCCGCACCACCGAAACGACCAUAAACUGGCUCAGCACCGCCUUCCUCUUCGCCUUCACCUUCAUCACGCCCCUAGUAAUCUACGUCCUACACCUCGGCCCAAAACUCUCCAUCACCGUCGCCGCCGCUUUGCUACUAGUAGGCAACUGGGUCCGCUACGGCGGCUCGCACUCCUCCUCGCCCACAGGCGGACAAUUCGGCGUGGUCAUGUUCGGGCAGAUCCUCGUCGGCCUCGCCCAACCAUUCGUCCUCGCCGCGCCCGCCCGCUACUCGGAUCUCUGGUUCACCAACCGCGGCCGCGUAGCGGCUACCGCUUUGACGUCCCUUGCCAAUCCCUUUGGAGCAGCGCUGGGACAGCUGGUUGUUCCGUUUUGGGUUAACAGUUCUUCAGACGUUUCGCGCAUGGUUUUAUACGUAUCAAUCAUCAGCUCCAUCUGCGCCGUCCCAGCAUUUUUCAUCCCUGCGAAACCACCAACGCCCGCAGCCCCGUCUUCCACCACCCCCAAGUUACCUUUGCGCACCAGCGCGGCUAUCCUGCUAGGCCACCCCGAGUUUUGGCUCCUCUUCAUUCCCUUCGCCGUCUACGUGGGGACCUUCAACUCCAUUUCUUCGCUACUAAACCAAGUAAUGGAACCAUACGGCUACAGCGACGAAGAAGCCGGCAUCGCGGGCGCGGUGUUGAUCGUGGUCGGCCUUGUCGUCUCAGCUAUAACCUCCCCGAUCAUCGAUCGCACAAAGGCCUUUUUAACCACAAUCCGCAUCGCUGUUCCCUUGAUCGGGAUCUGCUACUUGAUAUUUCUCUGGAUGCCAUCUACGCACGAUUCCGCGGGCUUGGCUGGGCCCUACGUGAUAUUAGCCAUCCUCGGCGCUGCAAGUUUCAGUCUGGUCCCCGUUGUCGUGGAGUUUCUGGUGGAAGUGACGCACCCGAUUAGUCCGGAGGUGACGAGCACAGUGGCGUGGAGCGGGGGACAGGUGUUGGGAGGAGUGUUUAUUAUUGUUUCGGGAGCGUUGAAGGAGAAGGAAGGAAGGGGAGGGAGGCCGGAUGGGAAUAUGUAUUGGGCGCUGGUGUUUCAUGCUGUUGUUGCUAUGGUGGCUGUGCCGGUGCCGUUGUGUUUGGGGAUGUUUGGGCGGGGGGAUAGGGUUAGUUUGAGGAGGGUUAGGUCGGAUGAUGGGAUUCGAACUCGAAGGGAGGGGAGUGCGAUUGGGGCUGAAGGUUGA